AGGCAGCACCGGAAGCCGCUCCCCUGUGAGGCUGCGGACCGGGAGCAGCGGCCGCAGGUCCGGGCGCCAUGGCUGCGGAGCGGACCCGGCCGCUGCAAGGCUCUGGCGGUCCGAGCGUGCCUAGUAGCUGUGAACCCGGCGCGAGGUCCCGGGCCCCGGGGCGCUCGCUCAGGUCAGUGCCGCGCGGAACACGAUUCCGAGAGCAAGGGACCUGGGAGCAACGAAUGGGUUGAUGGGAUCUGGAUUUUAGAGACGGGAAAACAGGGUUUUGGAGUUACUGCCUCCUACUGCCUCCAUUUCCUUAGCUGCGAAAUGAGUUAACAGUGAUGUCCCAGGGCUACCAAACGUUUGAAAGACGAUGAAGUGUGAUGAGGUGGUUUAUGAAGUACAAAGCGCUAUACUGCGCCAUAAUUGUGGGUAUGCCAUGAAAACAGGUAAAUUUUUCCAUAACCUUAUGGAGAGAAAGGACUUUGAGACAUGGCUUGAUAACAUUUCUGUUACGUUUCUUUCUCUGACGGACUUGCAGAAAAAUGAAACUCUGGAUCACCUGAUUAGUCUGAGUGGGGCAGUCCAGCUCAGGCAUCUCUCCAAUAACCUAGAGACUCUCCUCAAGCGGGACUUCCUCAAACUCCUUCCCCUGGAGCUCAGUUUUUAUUUGUUAAAAUGGCUCGAUCCUCAGACUUUACUCACAUGCUGCCUCGUCUCUAAACAGUGGAAUAAGGUGAUAAGUGCCUGUACAGAGGUGUGGCAGACUGCAUGUAAAAAUUUGGGCUGGCAGAUAGAUGAUUCUGUUCAGGACGCUUUGCACUGGAAGAAGGUUUAUUUGAAGGCUAUUUUGAGAAUGAAGCAACUGGAGGACCAUGAAGCCUUUGAAACCUCAUCAUUAAUUGGACACAGUGCCAGAGUGUAUGCACUUUACUACAAAGACGGACUUCUCUGUACAGGGUCAGAUGACUUGUCUGCAAAGCUGUGGGAUGUGAGCACAGGGCAGUGCGUUUAUGGCAUCCAGACCCACACUUGUGCAGCGGUGAAGUUUGAUGAACAGAAGCUUGUGACAGGCUCCUUUGACAACACUGUGGCUUGCUGGGAAUGGAGUUCCGGAGCCAGGACCCAGCACUUUCGGGGGCACACGGGGGCGGUAUUUAGCGUGGACUACAAUGAUGAACUGGAUAUCUUGGUGAGCGGCUCUGCAGACUUCACUGUGAAAGUAUGGGCUUUAUCUGCUGGGACAUGCCUGAACACACUCACCGGGCACACGGAAUGGGUCACCAAGGUAGUUUUGCAGAAGUGCAAGGUCAAGUCUCUCUUGCACAGUCCUGGAGACUACAUCCUCUUAAGUGCAGACAAAUAUGAGAUUAAGAUUUGGCCAAUUGGGAGAGAAAUCAACUGUAAGUGCUUAAAGACAUUGUCUGUCUCUGAGGAUAGAAGUAUCUGCCUGCAGCCAAGACUUCAUUUUGAUGGCAAAUACAUUGUCUGUAGUUCAGCACUUGGUCUCUACCAGUGGGACUUUGCCAGUUAUGAUAUUCUCAGGGUCAUCAAGACUCCUGAGAUAGCAAACUUGGCCUUGCUUGGCUUUGGAGAUAUCUUUGCCCUGCUGUUUGACAACCGCUACCUGUACAUCAUGGACUUGCGGACAGAGAGCCUGAUUAGUCGCUGGCCUCUGCCAGAGUACAGGAAAUCAAAGAGAGGCUCAAGCUUCCUGGCAGGCGAAGCAUCCUGGCUGAAUGGACUGGAUGGGCACAAUGACACGGGCUUGGUCUUUGCCACCAGCAUGCCUGACCACAGUAUUCACCUGGUGUUGUGGAAGGAGCACGGCUGACACCAUGAGCCACCACCGCUGACUGACUUUGGGUGCCGGGGCUGCGGGUUUUGGGUGCAACCUCUGCGGCAGCCGACUGCAUGAACCAAAGUUCUCACCUAAUGGUAUCAUCACGCAGUGCACAAUCAUUUAUCUAUGUUUGCCAGGGGCCAGGGCUCGGGGUGGGGGAGGGCUUGUUUUAUUGACAUACAACGCAGCAUGCUAAUGGGGUACACCAUUGACUUCAUUUGUACUUAGUUAUGUUGGUCAGUGUUAGAGGAUGCAUUUUGGGUUCAUCUUUCUUGAGUGGAGUAUUGGUUUUAAGUAAAGAAAGUUAAAUGAUCCAUUAAUCUGCUAAUUGGUUGCCUAUGAAAUCACAUUGUCUGUUAUUAAAGCUUUUUACCAUAGCCUUUUUUUCUUUUGAAGUUGAAGCAAAGGUGCUAUGAUGUUGUUACAGCAACUUUCCUCACACGGGGUUUAGCUCUUAUAAGAGCCAGUGUUAAAACUUCCACCAAAUACCAGUUUAUAAACUUCCACCAAAUACCAGUGCUAAGGAAAGUCUGUCUUCCAGUUCAAAUCCAAUUCUGUAAAUUGAAUGUUAGCAACUCAUUCUAAACCUUAUAUCUUGGCAGAGUCAAGGUUGGCCAUGUUUAAGAUGUGAGCGAGUUCUGUAGUUUUUGUUGCCAUGUCGGGGAAGCUAGUCCCCGGCAGCCUGGAUGACUGCACAGCGGUGCCCUGGUAUAGCAGAAAAGAGCAGUGAGCUGGAAGGUUAGAGACCGGGCCUCUUACCCUGGAACUCUGCACCCUCUCUGGGUCCCAGCUUCCUUGUCUGUACAGCCAGGUAUGAAGCUCAGUGAUUUCUAAGAUUGUUUCUGGUCCUUCACCUACUGAAAUGUGUAAAAGUUGAUCAUGUAUUUUUGUCUGAUCCCUGAUUCAUGGUUUCUUUCAGGUCGGAUAAUAUUUAAAUGAAAUGACUGUUACAGAGUUUUCUAUAAGAACAUCAAUUAUAUGAAAAGGAUGAAUAAAAGGGAAAUGUAGAAAAUAUAGCUGAUUCCACUUAGACAGUUUAAGUAAUUGGUUGAAGAAAUGCUGAUAGAAGCCAUGGUUUAAAUAGGGACACAGUAUGCUAUAUUAGAAGGAUACCUGAACCCAACCUAACUUCCUCCUUUGCCUCUAACUUCAUCUGCAGCCUCAGGCAAGUUAACUUUCUCUUCUAAGACCAUCAUUUUCUUCAUCUUUUAAGUGAGGGAAUUGUCCUAGAUGAGGGCUCACAAACCCAAAUGCCUAAGGGAGCCGUGCAGGUAACAUAAAUGAGUAAAACCUUCUGGGGAGGAUUGUGCUGUCCCCUGGAAAGUUGAUCUAAUAGGGCAGUUAUUCAGCUCUGUUUUGUCAUUAGGAGAAGCAAGCCCAGGGUUGGCAGGUCUUCACAUUGUUUCAGGAGGAGCUAGAAAUCCAGAUUUUUAUUUGAAAUCUUGGAUUUUUAAAACGUUACAACUGAUUAAAGAAAAUUUGAAAUAAGGUGAGCCAAACAAAACAUGUCCCUGGGUUGCCAGAUUGUGUCCUCCUCCCUCUCUAAAGUUAGGUAAUUUUGUGGUUCAGCAGUGGAAAUGUUAGUGGUCACAAUCAGGGAGAGAGUAGAGGGAGCAAGCAGUAGAAAAAUCUCAGCCGCUCUUCAGCUGUCUCCCCUUGUAUUACAAGGGUGGUGGGGAGGGAUGUAUUUCAUUCACAGACCAAUAGGAAGGUAGUUUGAAGAUGAACAUAAGAAUUGGAACCUCAGUGACAGCUUAUGUCUGGGAACAUGAGUUAUUCCUUCUUGCUGACUCCAGUAUAAAGCAUAUCCAUUUUACAGGUGAGAAAAAGCGUUGCUGGCAGAGCUGAGAAUGAUGUGAACUCUAGAGUGGGGACCUAUCUCUUGCAGAAUCUGCAUUAGCAUAGAGCCAGACUCUGGACCUCUGAGUGCUGUGAAGUUGAUAGAAAUUAAUGGUGAAUUUCAAGGACAGAUAUCAUUAAUAUCCAUGUUGAAACUCUGUGGGGUUUAAGCAAAAGAACAAUAUCUUCCCCCAUCCCACAAAAUCUGGGUUUAAUCUAUCUCACAUUGAGUUCUGUGCAUGAGCUCUGCUUAGUACUCUAGAAAUAGAACCGGAAUCACAACUGAAUCUAUUUUGCAGAAGCCCCAGGAGACUUUGGGCAAUGAUGAUGGUAAAUGACUUUUUACUUUAUUAUUAUUAUUUUUUUUUGAGACAGAGUUUCACUCUUACUGCGCAGGCUGGAGUGCAAUGGCACAAUCUUGGCUCACUGCAACCUCCGCCUCCUGGGUUCAAGUGAUUCUCCUGCCUCAGCCUCCUAAGUAGCUGGGAUUACAAGCAUCUGCCAUGACACCCAACUAAUUUUUAUAUUUUUAGUAGAGACAGGGUUUCACCAUGUUGGCCAGGCUGGUCUUGAACUCCUGACCUCAGGUCAUCCACCUGCCUUGGCCUCCCAAAGUGCUGGGAUUACAGGCGUGAGCCACCACGCCUGGCCGAGUUUUUACUUUUUAUCGAGCCUGAACAGAUAACUAUUACUGAUCUAAUGACCAUCCCCACCCCACCUCACUUUCAGAUCUAUCCAAUAGCUUCAAAGGGCAAGUAAUUAUAAUCAUUUGUGGGAAAAGUUUUAUUAAAAAGUGACAAACUUGAAGCUGUAUAUAGUAUGUUCUAUUUCAGUUUUUAGUGGUGAAUACAGAAGUCAUCAAGGUGGUACUUGGUGCCGCUGGAAUUUUUUUUUUUUCCUAGGCAGUCUUGCUCUGUCAUACAGGCUGGAGUACAGUGGCAUCAUUAUGCAGCUGGAUUUUGACAGCAGAACUUCAGGCAGUAAUUGGAGUCCUAAUGUCAAUUCUUCCUUAUGGAGGCCUUUAUUUGGCCUGAGAUUUUAUUCAACUACUUUAUAGAUGCUGGGUUUAUUCAUACUACCGCCAGUUUUUAUAAAAAUGGAAAACUAGCUCAUCCUUUUUGCAAAAGAAAGCAAAGUGGGGAGUCAGAAUGAGAAGUGGAUAGGGGAUAACUAAAACUAUUCUUUACUCUCCUUUCAUUGCCUUUGAGAGCUAGCUCUUGCACACACUGACUUUGGCUUCCUUAGCGCAUAGGUAAGGGAAUUGCCUUUCCCUCUUUUGUGAAUAUUCUCAUUUCUGAAAAAUUCUAAGUCAUGAGAAGAUAAGCCCUAUCCUUUCUUACAAGGAUUGGAUUUCUUGGGUGACACUGUGGUGUGGUGGAAGCAAGCGGCUUCUUUCAGGUUCAUAAAGGCCAUCAUAACAACUUCAGGCUUCAUGGUGUGGACAGGGAUCCAGGAGAGCUGAGUGGAUGUGUGAAGUUUCUGAUGGAUUCUGUCAUCAUUCCAAAGGAAUGUAGUUUCCUCCAGCUCAAUCAUUUGAAGUAAUACACAUUGCCAAAUCUGACUGUAACCUGACAUUUUAGACCUAUUGGAGAAAUAGGAAGAAAGCCCCUCCAGUGGAAGGACUGGACUUGGAAGAAGUUCUGCAGGAAGGUGCAUGCAAUUGGAUAGCUGUUCAUGAGUGAAACGUGGGGAACAUUGCUAUGAAAUUGUAAGGUUUGCACUUCAUUUUUUGUAGUUUAAAAAUUGCUCUGUUCUGGCUGUUGAAAACACUUGGUGUGAGGUUUGAAUGAGGAUUAUAUAAUCAUUCUAGUAUUCAUAGGAAAAUGAUUACUGCUCUCUAUUUGUAAAACGAAAUAACUUUCGGAAACAGUAUUUUAGACAUGAAGAAAUUGUUUGUAUUAGGCAUUUUGAUCUAAUAGAAUCAGCUAAGGAUAGUGGAUCCUGGCUUUACACAUUUCUUUGACCAAACCCAGCUGGCAACUUGAAGUUGUUACUGUGUGGCUUCCAGAUUGCCUAGAGGUGAAUCCUACCAACAUCACUGUUUUUUUUGUUUUGUUUUGUUUUUUUGUAUUUUUUUGAGACAGAGUCUUGCUCUAUCCCCAGGCUGGAGUGCAGUGGCGUGAUCUCGGCUUACUGCAUCCUCAGCCUCCUGGGUUCAAGCGAUUCUCCUGCCUCAGCCUCCUGGGUUCAAGCGAUUCUCCUGCCUCAGCCUCCUGAGUAGCUGAGACUACAGGCGCAUGCCACCACGCCCAGCUAAUUUUUGUAUUUUUAGUAGAGACGAGGUUUCACUAUGUUGGCCAGGAUGGUCUUGAUUUCUUGACCUCGUGUUCUGCCCGCCUCUACCUCCCAAAGUGCUGGGAUUACAGGCGUGAGCUGCUGUGCCCGGCCCCAGCAUCACUUUUAUAGCUUUCUGUGCCUCUUCCUAUGGGCCUUGGUGUAUGAAGCCACUUGCCUUUCUCUGUAGGGAAGUGAGCAGAAUCAGAUUGCUACUCAUGAUGCAGUCCGGGCAGGGCAUACUGUCACCUUUGCCUGUGGACACAGUUGUCAGGAUAGGGGAGAAGCCCUUUAGGUCCGUCUUCUUGACACAGCCCUCCUACCUGGUUACGCUGGUGCUUUCGCUUGGUUUAGACAACCAAGACACUUGAGAAUUAUGCUGUCCUCAGAAUGUCUGAUGAAAAGAACAGAUUCACUUUUUUGACAAAAUGCCCAUUAGCCAUCUUUGGCAGUGUUUCUGAUCAAAGGUUCCCCAUGCCUGCUCUAGGAAAGUAAACUUUUUUCAGAAUAAAUCCUCAAAUGGAUUACUGAGUAGUCUUUGCACCAUUCCCAUCAGCCUAAUCAGACUGAAUGGUCACGCUCAGUGCAAAAAGCUGUUUUGCUGUCAGGAUGUUUCAGUGUUUCUGGUCUUUCCUGGAACAGUUCAGUUGUUUAAAUUUAGUAAUUCAAUCCUGACCAGUGUAAACCCACUUAAUUAUUGCAGCCUAAAGAAUUCAGCUACUUCUACUCUUCAUAAAUGUGCCCAAGUAAAUAUGUGUUUUUAAUAUUCAACCCUGGAAAAUUAGUAAUUCAGAUGAUAAAAGCUCAUGUUUUGGUGUCUUUGUACUCAGAUUGUGAACAGGCAUAUUUCACUGAUUUAGACUUAGUAUACUUGAUGAGAAUGCUCAGGUGGAAGAGAUAGUUCUGUCAGCAAUCCAACAUCUAUAGCAAUGUGGAAAAAGUAAUCAACUCAUAUUUCACGAAUUUGAUGUAUGUUGUGAUUUAGAGGGCGUGAGAUAAAGUUUAUAUUUGAACUGUGUGGGGUAGGGGGAAGAAGAGGUUGCUUAAGCAAAUAGGGGGGUGAUUGUGGAACAAGAUGUCUCUAAGAUGAGAAGUUAUUUUCUUGCAUCAUAGAAGCACUCUUUUUACCCGUGAGUGAUUGUGUUAACUAUAAAUCAUUUAUAUCUGUACAUUAAAGCAGAUUCCCUCAAUUAGGCAAAUUUGGUUAGCCAAGCCCAAGUUAUUGUUUGUACUUGAAAGUAAUAAAGCUGCAUUUCCUUAAAAAGA